AUGGCAGCUAAAUUGACAUGGAAAAUUGUCAUUACUGGGGCUGCCACCCUUCCCACUAUCAUCACCACUAACAGUGUCAUUGCCAUCACAGCCACCGCCACCAGCACCACAAUUAUUACCAUCAUCACCUCCACCAUCACAACCACCAUCAUCACCACCACCAUCCCCAGCAUCCCCACCGUCACCACCACCACCACCAUCCCCACCGUCACCACCACCACCAUCCCCACCGUCACCACCAUCCCCACCGUCACCACCACCACCAUCCCCACCGUCACCACCGUCCCCACCGUCACCACCGCAACCACCAUCCCCACCGUCACCACCACCACCAUCCCCACCGUCACCACCACCACCAUCCCCACCCCACCAUCCCCACCGUCACCACCACAACCACCAUCCCCACCGUCACCACCACCACCAUCCCCACCGUCACCACCACCACCAUCCCCACCGUCACCACCACCACCACCACCAUCCCCACCGUCACCACCACCACCACCACCAUCCCCACCAUCACCACCACCACCACCAUCCCCACCGUCACCACCACCACUAUCCCCACCGUCACCACCACCACCACCACCAUCCCCACCGUCACCACCACCACCAUCCCCACCGUCACCACCACCACCACCAUCCCCACCGUCACCACCACCACCACCAUCCCCACCGUCACCACCACCACCAUCCCCACCGUCACCACCACCACCACCAUCCCCACCGUCACCACCACCACCACCAUCCCCACCAUCACCACCACCACCAUCCCCACCGUCACCACCACCACCACCACCAUCCCCACCGUCACCACCACCACCACCACCAUCCCCACCAUCACCACCACCACCACCAUCCCCACCGUCACCACCACCAUCCCCACCGUCACCACCACCACCACCACCAUCCCCACCGUCACCACCACCACCAUCCCCACCGUCACCACCACCACCACCAUCCCCACCGUCACCACCACCACCACCAUCCCCACCGUCACCACCACCACCAUCCCCACCGUCACCACCACCACUACCAUCCCCACCGUCACCACCACCACCACCAUCCCCACCGUCACCACCACCACCAUCCCCACCGUCACCACCACCACCAUCCCCACCGUCACCACCACCACCACCAUCUCCACCGUCACCACCACCACCAUCCCCACCGUCACCACCACCACCAUCCCCACCGUCACCACCACCACCACCAUCCCCACCGUCACCACCACCACCACCAUCCCCACCGUCACCACCACCACCAUCCCCACCGUCACCACCACCACCACCAUCCCCACCGUCACCACCACCACCACCAUCCCCACCGUCACCACCACCACCAUCCCCACCGUCACCACCACCACCACCAUCCCCACCGUCACCACCACCACCAUCCCCACCGUCACCACCACCACCAUCCCCACCGUCACCACCACCACCAUCCCCACCGUCACCACCAUCCCCACCGUCACCACCACCACCACCAUCCCCACCGUCACCACCACCACCAUCCCCACCGUCACCACCACCACCAUCCCCACCGUCACCACCACCACCACCAUCCCCACCGUCACCACCACCACCAUCCCCACCGUCACCACCACCACCAUCCCCACCGUCACCACCACCACCACCAUCCCCACCGUCACCACCACCACCACCAUCCCCACCGUCACCACCACCACCACCAUGCCCACCGUCACCACCACCACCAUCCCCACCGUCACCACCACCACCAUCCCCACCGUCACCACCACCACCACCACCAUCCCCACCGUCACCACCACCACCAUCCCCACCGUCACCACCACCACCAUCCCCACCGUCACCACCACCACCAUCCCCACCGUCACCACCACCACCAUCCCCACCGUCACCACCACCACCACCACCAUCCCCACCGUCACCACCACCACCAUCCCCACCGUCACCACCACCACCAUCCCCACCAUUCCCACCACCACCAUCACCAUCUCUACCAUCACCAUCGCCAUCACAACCACCACCACAACUACCACCAUCAUCACCUCCACCAUCACAACCAUCAUCAUCACCACUGCCCUCACCAUCACUGCCAUCACCAUCAUUACCACCAUCACCGUCACCAUCACCAUCCUCAUCACCACCUUCACCCCAUCUGCACCCCCACCAUCACUGUCAUCACUACCACUGUCACCACCAUCCCCACUGUCACCACCACCACCAUCAUCACCGCUAUUACCACUGACUCAUUCAACAAAUAUUUAUUAAGCACCUACAACUUUCAAGCAGUGUUCCAGGUGUUUUGUUCCAGCCAACACCAUCAGCACUCCUGUCUCUGUCACCACUUCCUGUCUCCAUCUUGGUGUGUUCUGGGUGGCUUUGAUGGCUCAGAUAGCCUCUGGAGCCCUUGGAAACCUCUGCCAGCUGCAGGGCCAAAAUUUUAGUCAAUGAGGAGUCUUGUGGGGAAACCCCACAGGGAGAGGACAGGUUCUUUCUCUCAUGAGUCCUGCCCUUUCGCCCCUGGACAGAGUCCAGUGUGCUCUGAUGCCCCCAUAUGCCUCAAUGUCUCUAAAGUAGACCAGUCUUCAAGGUCCUGCACGCUUUGUGUGGGUCAGAAUCACCGAGGGCUUGUUAGGAUUUUUGCCUCAGGCUCUGUCUCCUGAGACUGACUCUGACUCUGUGGGCCUCAGUUGGGUUCAGAGCCUACAUUUUAACAAGCUCCUGUCCGGACUCUGGCCUUGAGGGCUUCAGAGCUGGAAGCACCCCUCACCCUUUGCUGCCAGGUCCAGUCAGGAUGCUGAGUGAAG